CUGUGAUAUGUUAGGGGGAUGAUUUUAUUUUGCAGCGAACAGAAAAGGUGUUAGAAUUUGCUCGUCUUUUCAGAGCCCAGCUCCAGCAAGCACUACCUGACUCAGCUCACAAACUGGAGCCUCAGCAUCAAAUUUCCCAACCCACUUAAUUUGAAAGCCUGCCAAGAUAGGUGAAAGACCUUAUAAAUAUGUAAAGCAGGAAGUUCAAAUUACACAGUGAUGUAAAUUCCCAGUGAUUGAUGCCCUUUUAAAAACAAUAAAAAUCCUCGAGAAACUACAACGUUGGUGAAUGUGCUUCCUUCCCGAUGGUGUCUGGAGGUGCCGUGCGGAGUUUGGCUGAUGUAUUGUACUUUUCGUGCGGAUUUUAUUUUGGAUUUCUACCACUUCCUGGAGGCCAGGGGGAGGCACAGUGGGAGGAACCAAAAAACUCGGUGCCACAGCCAUUUUGUUUGUGGGCAGCAUGGUAGAAUUCUGUCAGUCAGUAUAAGGAGGGGUUUUUAAAACAGUAUUUAUGGAAAAACUAUUCCUGCCGUAACGGAUGUAUCUGUUGAAUUUAGUGUUAAUUUAGUUCUUUCAUAAGGAUGUUCGGGAAGCCCUUUGCAGCAUGGAGGUGGCUGGUUGUAGGAGAGCGAGUAUGCAGUCCAUAUUGUUACAGCCCUUUUGCAAGGGCUGCCUUCUUCGAAGGAACAUCAUUUGCAGCGGGCUAUCUCAGCACAACAAGUCUAUGGAGAGAAGAGGGAUAACAUGGUUAUACCGGUUCCAGAAGCAGAAAGUAAUAUUGCAUACUAUGAAUCUAUAUAUCCUGGAGAAUUUAAAAUGCCAAAGCAGCUGAUUCACAUACAGCCUUUUAGUUUGGAUGCUGAGCAGCCAGAUUAUGACUUGGACUCGGAAGAUGAGAUCUUUGUGAAUAAGUUGAAGAAGAGAAUGGACAUCUCUCCUUUGCAAUUUGAGGAGAUGAUAGACAGACUAGAAAAAGGCAGCGGUCAGCAGCCAGUCAGCCUGCAAGAGGCCAAGCUGUUGCUGAAGGAAGAUGACGAAUUGAUCAGAGAAGUGUAUGAGUAUUGGAUUAAAAAGAGGAAAAAUUGUCGAGGUCCUUCACUUAUCCCAGCAGUGAAGCAGGAAAAACGAGAUGGUUCCAGCACAAAUGACCCUUAUGUUGCUUUUAGAAGACGAACAGAAAAGAUGCAGACACGGAAAAAUCGAAAAAAUGAUGAAGCUUCUUAUGAGAAGAUGCUGAAGCUGCGUCGAGAUCUGAGUCGUGCAGUAACCAUCUUGGAGAUGAUAAAAAGGAGGGAAAAAAGCAAGAGAGAGUUGCUGCAUUUAACACUGGAAAUUAUGGAAAAGAGGUAUAAUUUGGGUGACUACAGUGGAGAGAUCAUGUCUGAAGUCAUGGCACAGCGGCAGCCGCUUAAACCCACCUAUGCUAUUCCCAUCAUUCCUGUGACUAACAGCAGUUCUUUUAAACAGCAAGAGGCUAUGGAACUGAAAGAAUAUAAAGUUAAACAAGAUAAACCUGAUGUUAUUAGACCCAAAAGAAAGUAUGAGAAGAAGCCAAAAGUCUUACCUUCGUCCGCUGCUGCUCCUCAACAGACAAGUCCUGCUGCACUGCCAGUCUUUAAUGCUAAAGAUUUGAAUCAGUAUGAUUUUCCCAGCUCAGAUGAUGAACCUCUUUCCCAGGUUUUGUCUGGUUCUUCGGAGGCUGAGGAAGAAAAUGAUCCUGAUGGUCCUUUUGCCUUCCGUAGGAAAGCAGGCUGUCAGUACUAUGCUCCUCAUUUAGACCAACCUGGUAACUGGCCAUGGAGUAGCCCUAAGGAGGGAAGAUUAGGAGAUGUGCGUUACAGAUACUGCUUGACCACCCUCACUGUACCCCAGAGGUGUAUUGGGUUUGCACGACGACGCGUUGGCCGUGGUGGAAGGGUGCUACUAGACAGAGCGCAUUCGGACUACGAUAAUGCAUUUCAUCAUCUGGAUUUGGAAAGAUUUUCCUCAUCGCAACACUCUUCAAUCAGUCAAUUUGCCAAUACCUCAGAAACAAAUACCUCGGACAAAUCUUUCUCGAAAGACCUCAGUCAGAUACUAGUCAAUAUCAAAUCAUGUAGAUGGCGGCAUUUUAGGCCUCGGACACCAUCCCUACAUGACAGUGACAAUGAUGAACUCUCCUGUAGGAAAUUAUACAGGGGUUUAAAUCGAACAGGCACAGCACAACCCGGGACCCAGACAUGCAGUACCUCUAUACAAAGUAAAAGUAGCAGUGGUUCAGCACAUAUUGAAAGUGAAACAUCUUUGGGCCUGGUGCAUCAAAUACUAAAUCACACUGAUGGCUCUAAGUCUCUCCAAUCUCCUGAAUUCACUGCAUUUACAGCCGAACAAUACCAGCAACAUCAACAGCAACUGGCACUAAUGCAGAAACAGCAGCUUGCACAAAUUCAUCAACAGCAAGCAAAUAGUAAUUCCUCUGCCAACACAUCACAGAACCUUGAAACUAACCAACAGGAAAGUG